GGAGGGAUGGCGCAGACAACGAGAGGGGCACGCUAAAGUGAGAUGGGCCGGCACCGGCGCUUCCGCGUCAUGCUAUACUGUCUAAGCUUUCCGUCGACGCCGAAAGUUCAGGGAGCGGUAGCCGAUUACGACGCAAAUCUCCUAUUUGCUUUUCUGAGACGACAACACCUCAAUAGCGCCGAGCAAUACCGAAACAACACCUGAUGUGGCAUACAAUCGUCGGCUGUUGGAUCGUGAGCUGCUAUGUCGCGCAUCAGUGGGCAUCAUGGAAUGUUCUGCUGAUUGCCAGACCCUCGUGUAGCGUCCUGCAGCUGUCCGCACAUCAGGUCCACUCUCCGCUGGUGGACCACAUUGCCCUUGUGAUUCUCGCAGCCUGCAUACCGAAUCGAUACUUUGCCCGAUGGGAUUCACGAAUAAUGGAUCCCCAGUAUCUCCACCACCCGGCAAGUCUGUUUAUUACGAGGCGCUCAACAGGACGUCACUUCAUCACGUCUCCAACGCGCUUCCGAACUGUAUCUAUCCCGUCUGUGGGGGAUAACUCAAUCAACAAGCUCAACCUGGUCAAACGUCAUGGUAGGUGCCGACUCCGCUCUUCAUUUUGUCGGGGUAGCUGGACGGCCUCGAUGAUGCUGGGAUCCUCAACUUUCACAUGUACCGAUAUCUCCGCCUAGAUCCCUUGGCGGGUCAUGACUGAUAACCAUCACGUCUCUGCUCUGGCAUUGUGAUCAGACAACCUUGCAAAAAAGAAUGAUGAGGCUGGAGUCAUUUGGCAUUUCCAGCUUGGAGAAUUGCGUCGUCGAUCUGGACUCGAGUUCGGCUCCUUUGCACCGCCAAGAGUGCACGGAUAAAUCCUUUCGUCUC